AUGGCCAAUUGUCAGCAGUACAAUUACCCGGGGUACGGCAAGUGGGCUGAGAAGAACCUCAACUACGCUCAGGCCGUUCGCGUUGGUGACCGCAUUAUUUGCUCUGGACAGGGCGGCUGGGACUGUCGACAGGAAGAGUUCACUCUGGAUACUCUGGUCAAGGGCAGUCUUUUUGAAGAGAUUGACCAGGCCUUUGAGAACUGCGACUACAACCUCAAGCACGCCGGCGGCAAGGGAUGGUCCCAGGUCUUCCGCGUCGUCACGUACAGCACCGACAUUCCCUCGCAGCACGAGCGCAUCGUCUACAAUCUCACCAAGUGGAUGCCUGAUCACCGCCCUGUGUGGACCGAGCUUGGAGUGAAGGAGCUCGGUUCCAACAAGAUGCACUUUGAGAUUGAUGUUGAAGCGUAUGACCCCGAGGGAGCCGAAGGUGUCAAGCCCACUAAGGCUUAA